AUGAGCGAACCCCGAAUUUUAGAUCAGGCGAUUGUCAAGGAUUUACUGAAUCAUAUUUACGAAAAGAGAAAAGCCACGGCUUUCCAAAUUGAAAGUGUUACCAAAGCCGCCUUGAGCCAGAAUGAUUCGGCUACCAUAUAUAAAAUCAUUGCCGAAUUAACAGAGUUAGCCAAUAGCGGCUCCACGCCGGCGAAAAUGGGCGCUAUUACAGCAUUGGGGAGUGUCUCUGUUGCUCUUGGCUCUUUUGCAAUUGCAUACUUUUUGGAAGAUAUUGUGAAGCCCAUAUUUGCUACUUUUCGAGACACUGAUGCCCGGGUCCGGUACUACGCGUGUGAGUCCUUAUAUAACAUUGCCAAAAUCGCCAGAGGAGAGAUAUUGUUGUACUUCAACGAGGUCUUUGACAUCUUGUGUAUCUUGGUCACAGAUACUGAGCUGUCAGUGAAGAACGCCGCGGAUAUUUUAGAUCGUCUCAUCAAAGACAUCGUCAGUGCUAAACUGACUAUCUACGUUUCGAUUUUACAUCAGCAAAACCGGGAAAAUGAGAUCCGCUCGAAUGUUGUGGGUGACGAUGGGAUGUCUGUGCAAGUAAACGAAAUCCAAGACCCCAUGAAGGCAUUUCUGUUGCCCAAGUUUAUUCCAACGUUAUUGGAACGGAUGUAUACAGUGGAGCCGUUUUCCAAAAAGUUCUUGUUGAGUUGGCUCGAAUUGUUUGAUGAUAUUCCUUCGUCGGAGCUAAUUACGUUUUUACCCAACUUCUUGGAACCACUUUUUCGCUUCUUGAUGAACAAUUGUCCCUCAGAUGUUCGUAUUGAGACACAAAAUUUGUUGAAUAUUUUCCUCAAAGAAAUCAAGGCCAUUUACAAAGUAAGGUAUGAGGUAAAGAAGGUUCAGAUUGUGAGCGAAAGAAAACGGAAAUGGGCUGAAGCCCAGGCAACUUCUCAAGAGUCUGCGCAGGCUGAUUCUCCAGAAGACGAAGCUAUUACUCAAGAUUUAGAAAACUUGUCUGUGAAAAGCGGGAAUAAUCCCAACAUUGAUGACAGUGCAUCCAUAAAAUCAUGCAGCACAACAAUCAUCCGUAAAUCCGACAAUGAAAAGUCUUCGGUGCGUGAUCAAAGUGAAGUUUAUGACGAAGGCGACUCUUCAUUAUUUAUUAAUGGUCAAGACAUUUUUAUUGACUACUCACGGAUUAUUGAUAUUCUUCUAUCUUUUUUGAGAACUGGCGUGCCUCGUGCAAAUAACAGUGGUACCAAAUUCAACGACUUGGCUGGCGAGAGUCACGACAUCUACUUGGAAAUUCAAUCUACAGUCCUCAAGUGGCUUCAGGAAAUCAUCACUAUCAGCCCUGUUAGCUUUUCUAAAUACUUGCCUGACUGCGUUUCGAUAAUUGUGCAAAAUGUUGCCCUCACAGACGACAAUAAUGAUACAGACUUACGGAACCAAUUUUUGAGCUUCAAUAAAUCUUUGCAGUUAUUUUUGGAGCGUUUAAAUGAAGGAGGCGUUGCAGACGAAGGAUCCCUGGAAAACUUAUCAUCGCCGCCAGAAUAUGAAGUAAGCGAAAGUACCAUUCAGGGAUUGAACAAAGAAGCCUACGAUGAAUUUUUGGAGCUCUACCUAAAUAGCACUCUUCAAGUGGUCAUGGCCGAGUGUAUGCUUUCCAUAAAUGAACUUGCUCGCUUGACACUGUUGGACUGGUUGACGUUUCUAUACUCGAGCUAUCCCACCAGCUUUUUCAUUCCAGACUCAUCGAAAACCGAUGAUACUCUGCCCCCAUCUAACAAGUACACCUUCGACUUAACAUCGCUUCUCCGAUCUUUUGCGGACGCCAGUCACGAUGUCAUUUCCAAGGUUUUGAAUCUCGCAUCGCGGAUAUCCGAAGACAAUCAAGACUUCUUCAAAGACUUCAUGAUCAAGUUAAUCUUAUUUUUUGAAGCCGAUGGUGCUGAAGGGAACAGGACAGUGAAUGUGGGUCUGGCUGGUGUCUCGCAAACAUUGUCACGAAGCAAAAUCGAGUUUAUUAUUCGUCGCUUGAGUGUCACUAUAAGUUCUGAGAAAAUCUUCAAAACCCUCUCAGAAGUGCUUGUGUCACUCAAACAGAAAAAUAUCGAGUUUAUUAGCAAUAUCGUGGUUACAAUCAAUAACAUUCUAUUGACUUCACACGAACUUCAGGACCUUCGCAAGAAACUCAAAAAUCUUGACAUCUACAAAACUGAGGAUUGGAACCUCUUUUCAACUUUAUUCCAGAGCUGGUGCUACAAUGUCCCAAGCGCUUUGUCUUUGUGUUUAUUGACAUCAAACUACGAGUUGGCUUAUUCUAUCAUCAAAAACUUGGCAGAACUGGAGGUCACCUUUCAGCUUUUGACCCAACUUGAUGUUCUCGUUCAGCUUCUUGAACUGCACAUUUUCUUGAAGUUGAGGCUCCAGCUUUUGGAGCCAGACAAGCAUCCUUAUCUUUACAAAACAUUGUACGGCAUUUUGAUGAUCAUGCCGCAGUCUUCCACCUAUAACACCCUCAAGAACAGAUUAGCUGCGCUCGCUAAUUUUCAUCAUUCUGGACUGGGUCUUCCUGUACCAAUUGUACCAGUUUCAACUCCUAGCGCAGUUGGCGCUUCUUCUUCCACUUCUACAACGUCUGCUCAACUCUCCACUAAGCGGAAGCGCAUUAAUGAGCUCGCUGAGAAGUUUGCCCGAGUUAACGACAUGCACGAUACCUACAUUAAUGAAGCGCGUCAAAGAGAAGCAUUAUCGGAUGAAUUAUCGAAAAGUUCAAUCAAGGCUGGUAAAAUCACGUCUCAGGCAGGUUCAGAUAGGCACGGAACUGAUAAUGGUGUACGUGGCUAUGCAACAAGUACCCAUCGCGUGCCAACAGCCUCAAUCCAUGAUAAUGGGAGCAGUAUCUUACAUCCAUAG